AUGAACCUGGCGACUGCGCUGGGACUGUACUGCGCGGUCAGCAAGGAGGUGGAGGGGUCGAAGCUCGUGUUCCCAGAAAACAAGACUAACUACCUCGCAUUUAACACUUGGACGUCUUCGAAGGUCCAUGCGGAGUUCUGUCUCUGGGCGGGCAAGGCUCCGAACGCGAAGAAUCAGCGCUUCAACGUCGUCAACGGCGACACCCAGAGCUGGCAGGACCUCUGGCCCCGCAUGGCUGCGCGGUUCGGGUGCAACGUCCCCGAGAAGAUGUUCCCAACCGGGGAUGCAGAGAAAAAGGCCUACCCCGGCUACAGCACCGCAACGAAGCUGCAUCCGCGACCGCUGGUCAAGGAAGUCGAGACCAAAAUGGGCCUCAAGGAUGAGUUCAAGCCAGAAAUGGGCCAAUCGACCGGAAGUGGUCAAGGCGUGGGAAAGCCUCGCGAUAGGCACGGCCUGGACGAGGGUGCAUGGGACCAUGCCACUUGGGGCUUCUUGACCUUCUUGCUUGGGAGGGAGUACAGCUGUGACGCCAGCAUGGGCAAGGCGCGGAAGAUAGGCUGGACGGGGUAUGCUGAUACGUGGGAGGAGUUCCAGAGGACGUUCAAGGAGCUGGAGGCUGCGAAGAUGCUGCCUCCUGUUGCUGAGUUGAAGGGCAACCAUCCGUGA